AACGCUCCGGCGGAUACCAGCAUGGAUUUGCUUCACACCUGUGCUGAAGAAUCGUCGGUUCACGGCUUGCCUCAUUUGGUUGCAAAAGAACGCCAUUGGCUGGAGAGGGUCAUUUGGGCGGUAAUUGUGGUGAUUUCUAUUUACUGCUCCUACGCCGUGUGUCUUAGCACGUGGACGCGAUAUCAAGAAAAUCCAACGGUUUUAACUCUCGAAACUGACUAUCGGCAUUGGACUUACCGCCCCCCGGCUGUAACUAUUUGUCCGGCGUUUAUUAACGACGAUGGAAUAAGAGAAGUUAUUAGAAAAUAUUGGAAUAUUGGCGAAGAAAGUGAAUUGUACCCAUUUUACAAACAAUUUGUAACAGCUGUUGCUAAUACAACAUAUGCCAAUAUGAACGCAUUCUUACCGUUUGUGGGGAAUACGAGUUUUGCGAAAGUUGAUAUGUUGGAAAUUGCUCGGACCGUUCGAAACUUAGACACCAUGCCAUCGAAAAACUUCGUUCCAGUUAUUACCGAAACGGGAAUGUGUUUCACUUCUUCAAAUUAUUCACGAUUUCAAAAUAUUGGCAUACCAUCAAACGAAUCUACCAGAACUUGGCCAAGCAGUUGUUUUUCGUAUGAUUUAUGCAAAUCAAAUGUUAUUUUAAGUGCAUACGGAGUUGUAAAAAUACACUUGUUCGUGCACACCGAAGACGAAAUAAUGGUGGCGACAGACAUAAUUAAAAACGAAAUGAAUCAAACUGAGCUGGUUGAAGUGACAGUGCUGGUUGAUCAAAUAGUGGCAUCGAGCGGCCUUAAGAAUCUGUCGCCAACGAGACGCAAGUGUCUGUAUGAUCAUGAAUCCAAGCUGUACUUUAAUGUUUACACCAUCAAUUUAUGUAAAAUUGAUUGUCGUAUAAGAAGAGCUGUUUCAAUGUGCGGCUGUAUUCCAUUUUUCUACAAUGUUCUUAAAUUGAACAAAUGUGACGCCAAAGGAAUGGUUUGCCUGGCAGGUAAAAUUGAUGAAUGGUACUUUAAAAGCUGCAAGUGCAUGGACCUUUGUUUGUCUACUAAAUUUACGCAAAAGUCUGUAAAAGUUACGAAAUUUCCCCAACUCAACAACCAACUAUCGGUGGAGAUGUUUUUCCCCAAGAAACGCGUCAAAAGGAGUGUUCUAUUCAGCUUGAGCGAUUUAAUUGUAUCGUUUGGUGGCGCCGCAGCUCUUUUCCUCGGGUGCAGUUUCCUGAGCGGGGUAGAGUUUUUCUACUUUUUUCUGGAAUAUAUUGGAUCUGCCUGCUGGAGGAGAAUUUUGAAAAAGAACGCAACAAAAUGAUGGAACUUUUAUUGGUGUUAAUUUUAAUACACAUUUUUAAAAGUUAUUUUUUGAGAUAGUAUCCAUACAUUUAGUGUUACUAAAUGGCUUUUAAAAAGUAACAAGGUUUGAGCCGAAAAAUCACGGAUUAUAAUUGGACACUUAAAAUUGUUAUGUCUGAAUAAAUGUUUAUAAGGGUGACAAUAAAAAAACGACCUCAGGGAUACCCCCUGAUUCAAUUCAUUAGGCGAAAAUAAGAAACUAUGAAAAUUUUGAGCGAAAUCUAUUAAGGUUUAAAGUCCGCUUAGAUCGUUAAAGUUGAUGAAAAAAUAUUUUCAUACAAAAACGUCUUCUUUAAAUUGCUAAUAAAUCGUCAGGGUUAUCUCGGAUCGUUUUGCAGUCUUUAACAAAAUUGUUUGUCAUAAAAUUUAACAUACGAAUCUCACGCUUGGCAAUGGUCCGACACAUUUAACACUACCUUUUGGUUGAAUUUAGAAAUUUUUGCUUUUCCUCAUACAUUUUUGCGAUUUUUUCCAUACAAACUUCAAUGAUAAAAAGCGUCCCUUAAAUCUUAACCGAUUUGGCUCAAAUCAAAUGAAUAAAAAAUCUAAUCCGGGGCUAUACAUUUUUCUAGUCACCCUAAUGUAAAUGGAAAAAUCUAAAUAAAUAAACAAAAUGUCUAAAAAGCACCAAGGAUCUAAAAAAACUGAUUGAUCGUACUUUUUGUGUCAUGAAAGCAAAAUCUGUGCACUGUGACGUGACGCAAUGUUCGAACUGCUUGCAGUUUGGACAUGGUGGAAGGAACUGUUUCAUCAAGAGUGGUUGUGCAAGCUGCGGAGAUGAGCACAAAACUCAAGCUUGCGACACAAUCAACGAGAACAUCGAAGCCAAAUGCUUCAAUUGCGGUGGCGACCAUUCGACCAAGAAUCGGAGCUGCCCAAAACGAGCUGAGUUUGUAAAAAUUCGGCACCAAGCGACGACGAGGCACCAACCAAAUCGCCGCAAAACACCACCAGCAUUCACGAACGUGGAUUUUCCUGCUUUAGCGUCACCAGGAGCGGGAUCUGCUCGAGUGGUUCCAAAUCUGCAGCCAUUGCCGUUGAAUCAGCGGCAAAAAGUUGUAGGGAAUACAACACCUCCUGGCUUCAGUCAGCAACCGAGGGAAAACCAACCAACAUCAACAACACUGCGUGGGUGCAAAACUCGCCAGGAACAUGUAAGAACUCUUGGAGCAUUCAUCUUGAAAUACAGUUCGUAGUUUACUCGUUCUAUUGAUUUUGAAUAAUUCAAAUAAUUUGUAUUUUAGUUUUAAGUUAGGAUUAGUUGUUAAUGUGUUCAACUCAAUUCAAAAACGUAAAACAAUUUGAAGUUAAUAAACAAAUGUGAUGUAUGUAUGUAUGUAUGUAUGAUCCCCAUACCCGCAGGCAACUUGGUCCUGGAACACAUGUGAGCGCUAGGUGAACAAUUCGAUCAUAUUUUACUCCGUAAUCUGUACACCCACGUGCAUAAGUUUUUUUGCACGAAUUUGAAUGCUACAAAUACCGGCGCAUAGAACAAAAUGGUUUCCCUCUUCCCUUCCCAAGCGCCGGAAAUUUGUAGCGGGUGUAGGGACACUUCGCAUAGACGCCCUUGCUCCCAUCACGUCACUGAGGGUAUGGAGCGACGAGAAAUUAAUAAGCAUGCCUCCUCAGUCGAACCUUCAUUAGAGAAGCAGGCAAUCCACAACUCACAGCGAACGACCAAGGGAACACCCUAUCGCGUAUUUAGUGGAAAUUGGCGUAGUUAGUCUUGAGUGGAAUGAGUGAAUGUAAGCGUAUAAGUGAAAGUUUUUUUUGUACUAUAACAAGAACGGGCUCACCAAAUUAUGUAUCUUCAAUACCAGCUUCAUCUUCAGUAUCAGGAGUGGUCCGAUUUGAUUAACUUGAGAUCCGUCGACAAACUUGAAACAGCAGAUGGUUGAUUAUACGCAUUUUCGCCGACUUUGAAAACGUCACCGACGGACCCAAAGGUUGUCCAAGGAAACGCACCGGAUGAAGAUCACCAUCCGCCGAUGAGUUGCUACCAGGAAACGUUGACGUUGAAAUCCAAAAAGCAGCUCAAUUUUUUGCAACAGGCUCGGAAAAUCCAGAAAGAUGUGCUCCUGAAGUCACGCUGGAAACCACCGUCAGACGUCUUUUCUGAGACCACCACCUUCUCCACUGAAUAUCGGCAGAAAUAACCGAAAUUUUCGCACUUUUUGAAACGAAAUUGAGGGAGGAAAUAGAGAAGAAAAUCGUGACGUCAGAAAUGAACUCAAAUCACUCAAAGUUCAUUUUGUGAGUGACUUUAACAUUUUUGCCUAGUUUGACAGCUACCUCGUUCCCAGGUUUUCUGUGGGAGAGAAAAGGAGGCGAAUACUUUAUGAAAAUCAUACCUGGGUCAUUCCAUCUCAACUGUGCACGAAAAAGUGCAAAUUUGAAAAUUACCCUCUCCGAUCCUGCUCAAAUUUGGCUGAGCUGUUGAUACUAUCAAAACAUGCAAGAAUCCCGAAUUUCAUCCAAAUCGGACCACCCCCUCCAUUUUUGUACCUCCCCAAAAAAUUGACUUUUUGGCGAUUUUUGGCCAAACCUCCUAGUUUCAAACGGCGAUAGCUCAGGAAACACAAAUCUCAGAAGGUCGUUCUUGGACUCAAUAUUGAAGGAAAUCGGACGUAGAAUCCAUUUCCGUGAUCAUAAUGUUGAUUAAUUUAUUUUUUCUACCUGUAUUGCGCAAUUGAAAACAUUAAACGGCCGUAUCUCAAAACACCCCAACUUAUUUUUUUUAUUUGACCUCACCAUCGUGUUCUCCGGCCAAUUUUACAUAAGAAUCACCUAUCGACAGAAAUGAAUAUGUUUCGUUCCAGAGAUAUCGAAUUUUAAAGUUUUGUGUUUUCGAGAUUACCUGCAUCAGCUUCAUUCGCCGCAUCUGCUAGAAGCACACAGGCGGGCUGAUCAAUAACUGCUACCUGGCCAUUUAUUGAAACAAUAUUUCAUCAUAAAUAAUCUUCAUCAAAUUGAGCAAAAAUUAACUGUAUAAUACUGAAGGAAACUGAAGUUUAAUCGCAAAUGUUUAUCUGCUCAAAAAAAUUAAUGAAGUGGAGCAAAAUAGUGCCAUUCAGCAAAAACCCCAAAACCUGCUUUAUUAUUAUUAUUAUUAUAGUUUAUUAUUGACACUUUACCAUAAUUCUGAUUUAUGGUUUAGAUUGAUCAUAUUAAAUCAAUUUUUAUAUAGUGAGCCAGCUCCAUUUCAUUAAAAUAUGAUUUUGGUCAAGGUACAUUUAAUUAAAAAAAUCCUUAUACGUGAGGACAGCAGCCGUAUUGUGUUCCAAGAAUCCAAGAAUGAUAGAUGAAAAAAAAACACUGUUGUUCGGACGGUGUCGAAAUCAUCGCAACUAAAUUUGGAGAAUUAGCCGCUUUGCAGCAGAUCAAACUUUGUGAUUUUCUUACAUUUUUCAGUUUUAUACAUUCCAGAAAUCCUUUUCCUACUCUUUGUGAUCGUCCUUCACUAGAGUACAACGUAUCACCAAAUUUUAUUCAUUUUAAUUCAUAUUUUUACUCAAUAAUGUAUCGUGCACUUAUUUUUCAGUGUUACUAACAAGAUUAAUUCUCGGGUGAGUUUUUAAAAAGCCGUAAGAGCCAUUGUGACCUCUGACACUAAUUUUCGUUUUUCUAGAAAAUGAAACAAAAUUUCAUUUAUUUUAAGUUUGGGGCACUUGAAGGACGUGUAGAUGAACAAUCUCGAGCACUUUGAUAUUGGUUUUUCGUAAGUAGGUCGAAUACCGAUGCAAAAAGGACUUUGUUUAACAAUGGCUCUUACGGCUUUUUGAAAACUAAUCCGAGAAUUGCAUUUUCCUCUCGCUCCGUCGGAAUCCAAUUCUGCCCUUUACUGUGUGUCGUCAUUGCUCUGUCUAGUGGGUUAACACAGAAAUUCACUUCAUUAAUUUUUUUGAGCAGAUAAACAUUUGCGAUUAAACUUCAGUUUCCUACAGUAUUAUACAGUUAAUUUUUGCUCAAUUUGAUGAAGAUUAUUUAUGAUGAAAUAUUAUUUCAAUAAAUGGUCAGGUAGCAGUUAUUGAUCAGCCCGCCUGUGUGCUUCUAGCAGAUGCGGCGAAUGAAGCUGAUGCAGGUAAUCUCGAAAACACAAAACUUUAAAUUCGAUAUCUCUGGAACGAAACAUAUUCAUUUCUGUCGAUAGGUGAUUCUUAUGUAAAAUUGGCCGGGAAACACGAUGGUGAGGUCAAAUAAAAAAAUAAGUUGGGGUGUUUUGAGAUACGGCCGUUUAAAGUUUUCAAUUGCGCAAUACAGGUAGAAAAAAUAAAUUAAUCAACAUUUUGAUCACGGAAAUGGAUUCUACGUCCAAUUUCCUUCAAAAUUGAGUCCAAGAACGACCUUCUGAGAUUUGUGGUUCCUGAGCUAUCGCCGUUUGAAACUAGGAGGUUUGGCCAAAAAUCGCCAAAAAGUCAAUUUUUUUGGGGAGGUACAAAAAUGGAGGGGGUGGUCCGAUUUGGAUGAAAUUCGGGAUUCUUGCAUGUUUUGAUAGUAUCAACAGCUCAGCCAAAUUUGAGCAGGAUCGGAGAGGGUAAUUUUCAAAUGCUGUUCCGCUUCAGAUGGAAUGACCCACCUGUCAAAAUUCCUAGCCUCAAAAUUUUGUCGCGAGUUGCUUUUCUCCUCUAUUGACAGCGAUUUUUUUUUCGAUCCGCACACACCCGAGGCUUACUACGAUCCUUGAAGUUAAUAAACAAAUGUGAUCAGUUAAUAAUGAAACGAAAAAUACAACAAAGAUGAAGAGCAUU